UUCUAUCCUUAUCCCCUUCCAUACCGUGGAAGCUUCUUCUAGAUGUUUCAAUCAGCGCACACGCCCCCGCGCGGGCGACCGCAGUUGUACUUUCCCGGCUCAAUCCCUAGAUUCCCUCACAAUUUGGCACAGGCGCACAGCCAUGUGCGAGGUUACUUGCCUGCUGUUGUCGUCUCAAACUCUCAAUGUGUCCGUUCCCAAUUGCGAGGUUACUUUAGCACGGCAGCAGAUUUGGUAGAAUCGCCAGCGCGCGGGCAUGCACUUGGGUUUUUUAUUUUCGGUUACCAUGGCGAAUCAAAAGAUCGCUCAGGAUUUUUCUUGCGUCUGUUCCGCCCCUUUGCGUCCUUAACUGGUAGUCUGGUACCAUCUUUGAUUGAUGCGGGAAUCAGUGUGAAAAACGAACAAACAAAACUAUAAUGUCCAUUAUCUUAAUCGAAUGGUGCCAAUUCAUGGUGUACAGAUUUGUCUGUGAGACGUUUGGUUUUGAUUAAUAUCUUCUGCCUCAUCUGUCCUUUUUGUGUUAUAGUUUACAUUUUGUGGAUAUGGUUUUUAGCAGAUAGAGAUGUUCGGAAACUAUGGUUCACGACCAAGCAAGCCUUAAUACUCAGCAUGUUGAUAAAUCGUUAUUUUGAGAUGUUCACCUGGUAAGACUGCAGGUUCUCAAGUGUUGUCGAUGUCCUGUGUCUUCUACCACAAUGAAAGCUAAUGAAUCCAGAAAGGGGCCAUGUGAAAUGGAACGAAGAAAACCUGAAUGAUAUCGAGUCAACUAAACCAGUAAGACAGAAAAUCGCUGAGCCUAAGACCCCAUACCACCCUAUGCUUGAUGAACAUGAAGGAUCUGUGUCACCAAAAAGAUGUAUUGAAGAGUCAGGGGAUAAGUCCCCCCCCCAUGUUGACGCCAUUACAUCCGCUUUGAUGCAAGCUGUUUCAAGUGGAAAUUUUUCAGCCAGAGAUAGUUGGGAAUCAUGUGGCAUUGAAGAACAAGCCAUAAAUCAAGGCAAAGAUUUUGAAGAACACCGGAAGGCUCACUAUGAUGAAUUCCGCAAGGUGCAGGAACAUCUUCAGAAGGGAACCCUGUCUGGUGAAACUGAUGAAUAUUUGAACUCCGAAGUGUCGAUCAACAAACCCUCGACGAGUUGACCGGUGGUUGGAAUGGUUUCAAGUUAGGGAAUCAUGACUACUAUAUAUGUUGGAUAUAUUAGCUAGCUUUAAACUGAAACUGUUCUAUGUUUUCUUGACCAGCUUGUGCAAAUGCAUGUUUCCUUUCUUACAACCUCUGGUCUGCUUCUCCCAUAGCAGUUGCGGCCUCUUCUCUCUGGUAGUGCCAGGAGGCUGGCGCUGGUCUGUCUGUGUGCGUUUGGCAUGUCUUUGUUGCGUUUGUCGCGACAUCGGUGUGAGAGGGCUUGGCCCUGUCUGUAUCGGUUUGCACCAUAUUUUAUUGUUAAUUUUUUUUGAAAGUAUAUUUUUCUGUUAAUUAA